AUGUUGGGACUUCCGAAAUUCGGUUCGGCUGCUCCUGUUGAGCAAAAAUCCGACGCAAAGUCGGAGGCUCUCGCCAAAUACAACGAAAGACGAUUCAACCAGGCAGCUUUGUUCUAUGGCUGUACCGUUCUAACUUAUAUUGCGUCCAAGAUUGCGUAUCGCGGAGUUGUCGCCAGACGGUACAAUCCAACGUUUUACCAACACAACCACGUUCCUCCAAAGUUCUCUUUCUACAGAGACGCAGCCAGUGCAGUUGCUCAUGCAUCGCUGCUUGCUGUCUCGUCCAUGUCGAUGUUCGUUACCGGAGGAUUUUGGUACUACGAUAUUUCAGGACCUCGAGAAUUUGGCCAAAGAAUGAAGCUGCUGCUCGGAGGAGCAGAGGCUGAAAAAGAGCUCGCAAGCAUGCCUGUCGAUAAAGAAACAGAAGACGUUCAGAGCAUGCUGACCAGCCUGAUCAGCGGUCAGGACUCACAAGAUUCCAAAAAUUGA